GCUUCACCUUGCAGGUAGUACUGUCGCAGUUUGGGGUUUCUGAUGUGUGGGAUGUGGUUGAGCGGCCGGACCAGGAGGGGCUGAUGUUGAAGCUGGCUCCUGGCUGCGGGCUCCUGCAUCAGACGGACCUGAGGCUUAGUCUCCCAGGGCCGCUUUGUGUACUGUGGAGGCUGAGAGAUGCUGGGAGGGAGCUUUGUGAAUUGUGGCGGCUGGGAGACGCCGAGAGGGAGCUUAGAACCCAGCCUGAGAGUGAGAGCAGACACAACAAAUACAAGCUGAGUUAUAUUCCAUCGUGCUUUAUCAACAUCACAUUUCCACACACAGACACACAUAAAAAACAGUAUACAAGCUCUUCUCAUAGCACCUUCUCCAAAGUACCUUUAUCCUGUGUGCUAUAUUCACCCAUUCACACCAAACUUGUACUCUGAUAGUGAGGGAUGCUAUGCAAAUAGCCCAUCAGUAUGAUCUAUUCCUAUUUAUACACAUUUAGACACUGCUGGAUAUGAAGGCAGGAACAAUGUAGGACUCAGUGUCUUGUCCAAGGACACUUUGGUAUGUGGACUGGAGGAGCUAGGAUCAAAGUGUCAAUCUACCAAUGAGGAGACAACCUGAGCCACACUCGUCCCUCAAACAUGGUCUGAAUUUAUUCUAAAAAAAAAAAAAGAAAAAAAAAAAUCAUAGUCUGGGUGUAGUUUUAGCUGAUUAUAAGACUCUGGCUGUUCUAUCUCUAUCUUUCUCUCCCUAACUUUGGAAAUCAUCUCACUGCAAAAGCGGAAAAUUGAGGUUAUGUGAGACAAUGAUUUUAGAGACAAAUGUAUUAAAUACCACUCAAUUCUAGCAAGUUCAAUUCAUGAUUGAAGGAAUACUAAUAACAUAAACAUGCCAUGAAUUUAUUAAUAUUUAUUAUUUAUGGGACAUUAUCCUUAUUCUUUUUAUCAAGCUGAUCAUGUAAAGCACUGGAGGAAAUGUACAGCGUACUGCAGCACUGUUUCUUUUACAGCAUUUAUAGCAAUUUGCCUUAUUUCUGACAUGUCAUAUGAUUAAUCCUAUUGAUUAAGUGUGAUUUCUUCCAGCACAUUUUAAAAUAUUUUUUAAAGCCACUUCAAGAUGUCUAAGAAUUAUUUGCCUGUGCAAAGAUGUAUGUAAACUGCCUCUGCACUCUUUAUGUAAAGCAGCUCUGUGUUUUUUUCGCUUCAUUUAUUUUACUGUACAUUAGCAAGGCAUCUUCCUUUUUGUCUAGAACACUAAUGAAAAGUUCUGUAGCUUUUCAAAUAGGUGUCAUUGUCCUUUAGUUUAACUUAGUUUUAGGAGUUCCUGAAAACAUCAGGUCACUUUCUUACAUGAUGGUGUGCAACGAUAAAGAUGUGUAUUUAUGAACUGUAUUUGCCCUUUUCUUUUCUUUUCGUUCCUUUUUCAUUCUUUUCCUUCUUCUGAAAAUCUUAUUUGUCAUUAAAAGGCUACUGCUCUUGUAUUUUUUUCCCUUUGUUUGCUAUAAUUCAUAAUUUAUUCUCCUCUGCUGUAUUAAUUCUACAUCUGUAUAUCUGUAUUCUACCUUAGCUGCUGGAGAACUUUGUAAAGUUUUGUUUUUAAAGGAGCUGUAUAAACAAAGUUAUCAUUAUUAUAAAAAAAUACUAUAUGUAUUGUUGUCUGGCAGGACACAUGCCAGUAAUCUGGACAUGUCACCUGUAAUAAUGAAAGACUAAAUUGUGAUUGUGCUUUAAUCUGAGAGGUGAAUGUUGGCCAGAAUCGUCACAUGUUUGGCAAGAGCUUUGUUUUAUUUCCACUAAUCCAUGUGUUUACAGGCCUGACCUGGUCUUGACAUUGCCGAAGUAGCUGGUCCUGGUCUUGUCCCUCUGAGGCUCGUGGUCCAUGUGUCCGAGAGUCUCAGGCCUCCUCACAGACUGAGCCAUUUUCAAUCUUUCUUUACUCUGAAGCGUGCGGCAGUGACAGAGGGAUGACAGGAUCAGAUGGCAGCCUUCUUCCUACGUUUAGACCCCAUUCUGUACUUUUUCCCCUGAUCACAGCACCUGCACAAGAAAGAGAGUUGUAAAAUGUGGCCUGAUUUUAAAUAGAGGAAAUAAAAACUUAUACCUGCAACCAAAUGAGCUCAUAAAGAAGUCAGCUAGAUAUUUUAUAGUCAUGGAGCAAGGUUCUCAAAAACAAUCAAGCUGACAUCUUCCCAAAAAAUGUGCAUAAGUAAGGAGAAUACUGGCCAGAGACUGGUUUGCUCUUUAUAAAUUACAACAGGUUUGCUUCAUAGUAGACUAAAAUUAGUAUUUAUCAAUAUCAAGCUUCUGGCAUAAAUAGAUACUGUAUUUCGAGGGUAAAGCAUUGCAUAGCCGCAUAUGGGUAACCUAACACUUCUCCUUUCUUGCCACAGGAAUGCAUUAGCUACAUCCUGCAAAAGCCUCAUUUCCCCCCAAUGGGAGGUGAUCAUUGUCAUCUCCGAAUUAGAUGCUGCAACAGGAUUAGCCUUGCUUCGGCAUGCAUUGCUAAUAAGAUUUCCAAUAUCUAAGUCAUAUCGUUAAAAAAAUCAUUUAUGAUGUAGUACCCGAUGAUGCUAGGGGUGCAACAAUUACUGUGGAGGAAGUCAGCAUUUUGACGACAUUACGGAAUGAUCGAGACUGAUGCUUUGGUGGACAAAAAUACAACCCCAGCAGGUAAACAAAGAUGAGGUCACGGCCGCAUGAAAUAAACUAAGCAGGGUCUUUACUGACCUGUGUCUAUUCCCGAGAUGAAGAGGAGUGGCGGUCACAUACGCGCGUCUUCAUAUUGCAGUGUUAUGAUAUCACUGCAGACAACGGUAACAAGUUCAAUAUUCAAGCUCCGCCCACUGCUGGAAGAGACGUCCUCUCAAGAUGGUUCCCUGAAAAAGCCGGAAAUAAAAACAAACGAAGGCGGAAGUAGAAGACUGUUGGUCCUCGUCAAUUUCAAGACAACUUUACAGUUUUUCUCAGUUGCUUUGGUGCAUUUCUCACAUCAGAAUGAAAGUUCUCACAACUAUUAGUUCAACCUCCACAACACUGAGUCAUUUGUGUAAUGACAUGAUUGUUUUUUCCCAAUCAUUGUUUAUUUCACUGCUCUUAUCAUUGAGGAUGGUAGUGGCACUACUGCGCUACUGUCUUGUAUAUAAAAAUUAAACGCCUAGUUUUAGCUUGAACAUACUGAGUAUUUUUUUGUAACAUUUCAUGUUUAUUGUCUGUAAUACCUAGUAGGCAAAGUUCACUGGAGUCAAAUCCAUUUGACACAUACCAAUAAAGCCGAUUCUGAUUUUGAUUCUGAGGCGCUGUUCACUUCUAACUGUAGGGGGCGCUCGUUGAUUAAUUCUAAUCAGGAAGCUCUUGGGGCUUCAGCAGCCAAUCAGAUUACAGCAACGGGUGGAACAGGUUUCCGGCCUAACAAACGACAACACAGCCCCGGCCUGAAAGACAAGAGAAAAGAAGCUGCUGAAUAUAACGGGUUACCUCCCGACGACACGGCUGAUAUCUAUCGUAAGUUUUGCUCUUGCAAAGUUAGUUACCUUAUACUAAGACACGUUUUAUUCUUUCUAAAAUGAGAGCGUUGGAGUACAGUUGGGGGUCAACCAGGGGGUCGUUGGUGCUGCUAAAGCUAACCGAUGUGUCUUUCAUAUGCGCAGCUACCGGCUAUUAGCACGCUGAGCACAGAAGCAGCUGUGUUAUCAAUUUUGUUUGUUUUUUUUCUCGCUAAUUUAACUGUUAUAUGUAGAGGGUUAUUUUUCUGAAUGUUAGCUGUUAGCAGUGCUAGCCUCGCUGGUUUCCUCGCUCCUUCGUGUGUUCAUGCAGUCACGAUGGGAUGACAGAAAGUUGAAUGUUACAAGUCAUCGCUGCAUGUUCAUAAACCUGGGGCGCAGAGUUUUUAAUAUGACACUUUUGUCAAUUGCAUUAUUUGUUGAAUGCUGAUUUGUAGUUAUUUUUAAUUUUUGAUGAGUUUCUGAUGCUUUUAGGAGUAAUGGUAUCUCGUGAGUCUGACUGGCUGGCUAUUGUGCAGCCUCAGAUAGUUGUUUAUAAAAGUAAUCAUUUUUUAAAUAAUAAAUAUUAAUCAAAUAUAACACUGCAAAUGGUCCAAAGGAGUAUAAUUGAACUUAUUGUGAUAUCGAAUACAGGCGUCUUUAUUCAUGGAGCAUACUUUAACAAGCAAGGAUGUUUACCAAAGUGCUGCACAGUGACCUUAAAGACACAGAUAGAGAUAUGUCAAACGAUAUAAGAAACUUUUUCAUGUUCUCAGCAGAAAUAAUCCCAGGUUGAUCUUCCUUUCCCUCAACAGAUGCUCUAACUAAUCACUACUAAACAUCCCAAGUAUCAGCGGUUCUACUGAUAUGGCAUCUGUUUACUGAACUGCUGCAUCUUCAGUCAGAGUAAUCACCAAGUGCUGGUGUGUAAUUGCCAAGUGAAUGAGACUGACCCUCUGUCACCAUGGAAGCAGAAACAGUGAGUUUGCUCUCAGGCUGUUAAUGAUGUCCUUAUUUCACACUGUGUCACUUAAAAGUGAAUUUCUUCUUCAUAAUUGUGGGGGAAUUCAAAAGAUCUGCCUGUUACAAAGUAGAAUAUUUUAAUGUUAAGACUUUUUAAUCUGUGUUUUACAGGAGGUUAUUCCUAUCUGGCAAAAUAAGCCUCAUGGAUCCACCCGCAGUGUUGUGAGAAGAAUAGGUUCAACCCUUCCUCUCAGACCUCCACAGAGGGCAUGUUUUCAGGUCAGUUCAAACUCUCCAAGUCUGCCAUGUCUUUUGAGCUAAAAGUUAUUUUUAUGUAACUGAGAAACUCUAAAUAAAUUUGUCUUGAUGUAAAUUAGGAACUGCCAGGCCUCCCUUCUCUUCGACCUAUGGAUGGUCCUAUGGUUCCUACCUUGGCAGACAUAGCCUGGAUUGUUGCAGAUGAAGAGGAGACAUAUGCCAGAGUGCGGUAAGUACUCAUCAGGCACUUUAAGACUGCCGGUAUAGUUACGAAGUGGUGCCAAGUCUCCACUUGACAACUGCAGUAUCCCAGACUCUGACUUUAGUCACACUUGCAUGAGGAAUAGAAAUUAUUUCAUUGGCCUUUAAACAAAUGUGUUGAUAAGUUCUGGUGCAGAAGGUUGUUGUGCAUUGUGUUGUUGCAUGGUAGCAUCACGACAGGCUUUUGAAGGGAUGCCACAGUCUCCUUGGUGUCCAGGUUGAUCAUUUUGAGUGUUUGAAAUAUAUCUCAUAAUAUCAGGUUUGAAACUACCUUUGCGUUAUUUCUAAUAAAAAAAAACUCAUUUUCUGGGUUAUUUUUGCUAACCCAAGACUUGAAGAUUAUUCUACAUAAAAUCUUUACAUCCUAAAAACAAGUGAGCUUGCAGUCUCACUUAGAUCUGUGAGAUUCCAGUGUAUCUAAUAUGUAAUUAUGGCUUGAUGAAAUUCAGCACAAGCUUAUAUUGGCUUGUUUUUGGAUGAUAUUGUGUCAGGGGAGCCAUUUAACGAAUUAAGCGCUCUCAGGUCGAACUUUACCUGUUUCAUACUCACAGCACUGACAAGAAAUUUUGUGAAACUAACAUCACAUGAUCUGACGUAGCAACUGCAUAAUCUUGACUCUACUCCUGGAUGGUUUGAUCCUUUAGGGGUGAUGGCUCAGCAAUAGUGAUUUUCCACUCUUUAUUUUUCAGGAGUGACAGUCGUCCUCUGAAACAUGAGUGGCGGCCCACUCCUCUCCUAGUGCUCCACAGGAACUCAUCUGUGCCCAACUUCCGCCGUGAGGGUAAAAGGGUUGAAGGGCUCAGGAAACCCGGAGUGACGGCGCUGAACCGUACUACCGCCCUGCAGGACGAGCUCAGCAGGCUACGUGCACAGAUUGCCAAGAUUGUGGCAAGUGAUUCUGGUAAGCUAAUUCGGCAAGAACUGUAGUGUUCAAACUUUUAUGCUGUCCACUGUAGAUGUGAAUAAUGGAGGAAAAAUGUUUAAUAUUUAACUCUCUCAACAACCUGCUCAUUUUUCUUUCGAACUAUGAUACCUUAAGAUACUUGGAGCAUUGUAAAUCUCUGAAAGCUUUACGAGUCUUUGGAAUUACAACUGUGUUACUAUCUUCACGGGACCGUGCUCCUUGAUGCCAACUCGGCUGCCCUGAUUCUUCUAAAGCUGUCGAGUAUUAAGAUGUCUUGGCACCAGUUUGUAGGUCAGUGACAAAGGAUAAUCUCUGUGGUUCAGUGGCAGUUUGGUGUCUUGUUCAAAAUUUUAUGGAGUUAAAGGAACAGGGCGUGUAUUCACAGCAGUAUUUUGAAACUGUUUUCUUUCUUUUUUUUAACUAUGCCUAAAGAUAAACACAAAACCUUAGCGGAUAAGAUAAAUGCACAGUUCUCAACGAAGCCUGUUCCUGCAAGUUUCUCUUGAACAGGCAAAGUACUUAAUGAGCAGCUACAUUUCUUGCUGUUAUCGAAUUCUGUUGCAGUUCCCUACAAUUUUUAUGGUCUGGAAUGACAUUUCCUGGAUUAAUUUAAUGUUUUCCACCUGUGUGAAUCAUGUAAAUAUAAAUUUACUGCCUAUAAAUGGGGUUUUCAAUAUUGUCCGACCGAUUUAUCGGUGAGCCGAUUAAAUCGGCCAAUUUUAGCAUGUUUGAGACUAAUCGGUAACCAGCUGAAACUCGCCGAUAUUUUCAGAAAUAAAAUGCAGAAAAUAAGAUUCGGUUUCUCUUUGAAAAUAUUCCGCCAUUUGAAAAGGUCCCCCGACUUAUCCUGUAGAUGGCGCAGCGACCUCAUGACAAUCUUCAUCCACUAACUACCUCACAGCACAGCAGAGUGACAGAUCUGAAGCAGUCAGCUCAGGGACGCACGGAGGAGAGUCGUCCGCCUCAACAGUAAUUAAAUUAGUUUGUGAAAUACGCAAUAAGUCAACAAGUUUUAGUUCAACCCACUUCACGAUGUUCCCCACUGUGCUGGUCUCGGUCACGCAGAGUUAAUGGUGAAGCACCAUGUAAUAUGCAAGUUAAAGUUAGAGUUAGCCAUCUGCUAUUAGCCUUGCUACACUGUUAGCCGUGCCAGUAAAGGUAGAAUAAACAACAGUACACAUUACGUGAUCGAGCUACUUCUCUUACUGAGGCAGCUGCAUGUCUUCAGAUGAGACCGGACCGGAAAUGAGUAACAUGAGUUACUCUGGUAAUCUGGUCUCAGUUUGAUUCAUGAUAAUACGUAGAAUAUUACUGAGAUGAUCAAUCAGUCUUCCUGUCAGUGUGAAGAGCAGUAGCCUACAGUAUAUCUACAGUAUAUACAGUAAAGAUCUACAGUAUAUAGUAGUAUACUGUAGAUAUCUACAGUUUAUCUACAGAUAUUUUUUUAUCACUUCAUAAAAAAAUUGUAAAAAUUCGGCGGAUUAAUUGGUAAUUGGAUUCCCCAUCGGCAUCGGCCCCAAAAAAUCCAUAUCGGUCAGGCCCUAGUUUUCAGUGGAAACUGUUAGAACACGUGGACUUGUGUUCAUACUGAUUUAUUGUGUUCCACUGCUUUAUUUCUUUUCCUGCCUUGUUUUUAUUUGGAAGCCACAUGUCCAAAAAGUGCCCUAGGGGAGAGCAGCUGAUAACAACAAUGACAUACCCAUGUGCAAACUUCAAACAGCAGCUCAAAAUAGAGUUGGCAUUUCAACUCUGUGCUUUUGAUGUCUUCAGCGGCCCGUGUGUCUCCCUCUAAUGUCAGGCUCCACAUAAGAAAACUUCUUCUUCUGCUCCUUUCUUCCAGGCUCCAACCCUCUAACCCCCGACCUUCUCUCCCCUGAUGACACAAGUAUGAGCUUUUCCAUGGCGCCCUUUGAGACGGUGCCAUACCAGCCAGCCGCCACAGCUGCUGCCUCCUUUGUCAUUAGUGAUGUCACAGAGGAGGAGGAAGAAGAGGAGGAGGAGGAGGAAGAUGAAAAAGAUGUGGUCUCCGUGGUGUCAGAGCUUAUCCCCGACCCUUUGCCGCCUGUUUCCAUGACAGCAUCAGCAACCUUUGACCUUGACAGACCGAGCAUGGACUUCCGGGAGGCAGAGGAGGAUACAGUGUCACUAUCAAAGUCCACCAGCUUUGCCGAUGUCAUGGAUAUUCUGAAGGAUAUGAAUCGUAUGAAGAUGAGCAAAGACAGGUAAGAGUUUUUAACAGGCCAAAACCACAAAGGGUUUAUUUUUUUUAAUUAGUUGAACAGGAUUUGGAGAAAAUGAAGCACAACCCUCCACAUUCAGGAGAAAGUGUGCCACAAAAUCAUAACAUAUCAUCUAUUAUCAAACUAUAAGUCUGUAGGUAAAUGUUUAAACUUGAACCCUUAUGGACUGAGCUUUGUUUUUACCUCCACCUCCAGUCCUUGCGCUGAGCUAAUCUUCCCUGCUCUUGCUUUUGAAUCUAAUUUACAAUACAGAGAUGACAGAAAUAUCAGUGGACGUCUCAAACACUCAAUGAGAAAGUUAAUGCAUUCUUUCACCAAACUUUCACUCUACUUAUAAAAACAAAAAUCUCAAUCCACAAGUUUUCAUUCCUGUAUAAAUAUCAUGAUAUAUAAAUAUUUGUUGGUUGUUUUGCAGAUACAACAGAGGCUGUACGUCCCUCAGGGAGGAGGACUCUGCCUCUCUGAUUUCUGAAGCUCUGAGAAAAAAAUUUGUACUGAAGGAAGAAGAUUCUGCUGCUGUGAAACGGAAGUGAUCACGUGUUUCUCACUAGUACCAAUCCUGCUGCUCCAUGUAAGCCAGGACAGAAGAUUAGAUGGUGUCUUUUUUUUUUUUUUUAAUAUUUUGUAUAAUCAACCACUUGAGGCAUGUAGGAGGCUUUCAGUAUUCAGUGGCAGAAUAUUUUAGCCCUUUUGUUGAUUCUUAGUUGUUGUUUUUCUCUCCUCAUCGUUUUAGGCCUAUGCCUGUGGAAUAUGUACCCAUGGAUCCACAACCCUUGCUCCUCGGACCCGAGGCAAAAGCUGUUUGCCAGAGUUAGAACAAAAAGAACACUUAAUGCCCGACAUGACGUGAACUCCACAGUGCUGAUGGGUUUUGAGGGGGGAACAGCCAAGACUCUAAGAAGUUAUCAGAUUCAGCACUGCAUUGUAUAUUGCAUCCAGUCCGUCUCUCUCUGCAAAGAGGCAUUUAUGUUUUACUUUAUGUUGAUUGAGGAUUAAACAGACUUUUAUGCUGUUCGGACACUUACUCUGUGUGCAGGCCAUUUUGGUUUCAAUAUAUUUGUACAAUGUUAUUCUGACACAUUAAGAAGCUCUUGACAUCCUAAUAAUCCAUGCAGUUUCUGGACUUAAAUUGAGGAAUGUCCCUUUAAACAGCCUUCUACCUAUCUUGCAAUUGAAAAGAGCCAUUUUUUUUUUCAUUUUGAGUAUCUCAGAGGCAAUGGAAAUAAUCCUUUUUAUCAUUUUGUUUUUAAGAUGUGUAAAGAACUCCUCUAACAUACUUGAAAAUGUGUACAAAUGAGACAGAUCGAGUGUACAUGCAGAGAUGUACUGUAUCUUAUCAUAUUGUGCGUGUGUGUGUGUGUGUGGGAGGUGGGGAUUGUGUGUAUGCUGGAAAAAUAACUUACACUUUCUGUUGCUUGCUCCACUGCACCUCUUCUGCCUGGCCUCUUGUUUGUGAUUGAUAUCUUGAUAGACAGCGACUGACAUAAGACACUCAUUUUGCAACACAAAUAGUCCAUGGAUUUUUUUUAUUAAUGGAUAGUGGUCAAAAUCUGCAUCCCUCACUGGUGCAGAUGUUUGUGGCACACACACACAAACAAGCUUGUACAGUUCUGUGAGAAGAAAAAAUUCCAAGCGUGCUGAUUGGUAGAUGAAACUAACUUUUUUGCUGUUUCUAGAUGCUGAUUCGGGCUGGUAAAACCUCGCUAUGUGUGGGAGUGUUUUUCUAUAUCAUUCUGCAUGCAGUUUUGACGAGUCAUGGGUAAACUGCUUGUCAAUCAUAAUAGUAACUAUCAUUUAAAUUUACGCCUUAUCACAGAUCUGAUGCCUGCUUCAAUGCCUGGUUUGUUCCCAAAUUGGUUCAAGUGCCAUGUGUUUGUUUUUCUCCCGUCUAGUAAGAUUCUUAAUUCUUGUCCCUACAGGAUACAGUGAAUAGCAAUGUUAAUUGGUUUCAGAGUGUUAAAAAUAGUCCCCCACUAAAGACUGUUGCUGUCUUGUCACUCUUGUCCAUUAAUAUCACUCCUACUGGUUUUAACUUGUCAUGUUCAUGUCUACAUCAUUGGGAGUCUUGUAGUGUAGUCUUGCAGUGUGAUAAGUCCCUGCGUGGUUUUCAGUUUUGAUUGAAUAGGACUGUGCCCAUUUGUGUGUCUGUGUCAACCAAGUCGGUGUGUUAAGUUUAGCUAGAUCUUGCUGGUUCAUUUCCCCGCUAGUCAAAAGGAUGAAGUCAAAAGCCAGUUUGUGAAAAAAGUACUGUGUGCAAGUUUGAAUAUCUUCAUUUUAUGUUUAUGCUUGAGACGUUACACAGCAAAGUCUGCCAACUGCAACACUAGUUGUGAGUUCAAGAUUUCGAGGGAAUCGUAGUCAUUUCACUAACCUUAUUUUCCCCGAUUUAAUACCUCCUUUUUUUCUUGCAGUUUUGUGUCUCCUGGUUGAGCCCUCAAACAUCACUUUUUUUGCGUUAUGAUGGUAAAUGUAAAUAAAGAUUUGCUGACGUUUUGAAUCCGUUUGUCUUUAUGUGUUGAAAUGCAUGAUGCAGAGUCAUUUAUUACCAGAUGGGGGCAGUGCAGGCAAAAUCAAAUGCAUGUUUUAU